AUUACCGACACUUGAUUUCCAUACACUGAACCAGCUAUGUAAGAGUCUAGAGUUGACCCUCCUGCUUUUCGCUUUCUCUCUCUCUCAUCCCUCUUCCCCUUAGCUGUACCUCAGCCUUACAUAUCCCAGAUUCAUAUAUUUUGGAAAACAACAUUGUGUCAAGUAGAAACCUGUACCAAAAUGACUGCUGGAGAUAUGCGUGCCACGGUUACUUUCAUCAACAGCAUUGUUGGAGUUUCUGUGCUCACACUGCCUUACUGCUACAAGCAGUGUGGUGUGAUUCUUGGAACAGUGUUACUGCUCUUCUGUGCAUGGCUUACCUACCAGUCAAGCAUGAUGCUGGUCAAAACUGCCGUUGCAAACAAACGUAAAACAUACUUUGGUUUGGCUAAACUUUCCUAUGGAGGAGCUGGAAAAUUAGUCGCUGAACUGAGUGUGAUUGGUUUGCUAUUUGGAACCUGCGUAACUUUCCAUGUAGUAAUGGAGGAUCUGGCAGCCAUGCUCCUAGAGUCACUAACUGGAUUUAAAGUGUCUCAGACCCAGCGGAUAGGACUGCUUUUCGUCAUUUGCACAUUUGUAGUUCUUCCUUUAAGUUUACGAAAAAAUGUUACCGACUCAGUACUGUGGUCAUUCAUUGCACUUACCUGCUAUGUCCUUUUUGUAUGUGUGCUGUUUAUACUGUGCUGUCAUCAUCUCAUCUCUAAUAGCUGGAAGAUAGGAAAAAUUGCGCUGUGGCACUGGGAAGGACUACUGAAGAGUUUGCCAAUAUUUACAGCUACGUUCAGUUGCCAUCCACAGAUACUACCAUUGUUUUUUCACCAGAGUGUGGAAUCUGUGGAAGGGAUGAGUGGAACGUCUAAAAGUGCACUAAGCAUUACUGCUGCAUUUUACACACUGGUUGGAAUCUUUGGGUAUGUCACAUACUCAGAAGGCCUGAGUGGAAACAUUCUUGCAGAUUUGCCAUCUGGCUAUAUUAUCAACAUAGUGCGUGUUGUAUUCCUUAUCUCUCUCGUGGUAGGGUUCCCUUUGAUUGUAUUACCUUGCCGCCAAGCUAUUAGCACCUUACUGUUUGAGCAGCAGAAACCAGAUGGGACAUUUUCUGUGAGUGGGGACCUGCCCUUGCGCUAUCACUUUGUGGCUACCGUACUGCUGGUGUUCUUCUCUAUGAUCAUUGGACUUAUUGUUCCUGAUGUGGAGACAGUGCUGGGCUUAAUGGGAACAACAACUGUUGCAAUCACAUGUUACAUAUUACCUUCGCUCAUGCAUUCCAAAUUAAGCAAAGGACGAUUCAGUACACAGAGUGCCUCUGAAGAGCUCCCUUACCGAGCAUCAUUAAAAGAAAAAGCUGAUCAAGACACCGAAGCAACAACUGGCAGAGAAAAUGUUACUGAAAUGAUGCUGCUGACAGUUGGAAUUCUUCUGCUCCUCUCCAGUACAUAUUCAGGCAUCUCCAGUGAAUUACCAGAAGAAAUAAACAUACAGCCUAUACGGAAAUUUCUAGCUGUGCCUGACAGUGAAGUGGAGAACUCGAUUGCAAAACGAAAUGUGGAAAAUUCCUUGGACAAUAGAAGCUACAUGACACCAGAUUUUGGUUUAAGAAGCAUAAAUGGUUAUGCAGAAAAUCAAGUAAUGAAUAAUGUUGUGGUAAAGAGAGACACGUACAGCUCUGAACUACAAGGCAAUGCAGUGGAGUAUAAACCCCAGGAAACAACUGCCAUUGGGAGUAACAUAGAAACUGAAGAUGUGCAGUCGAACAGCCACUUGAUAGCACUGAAAGAGAUGAGUGAUGUCUUAACUGCUUCAGAAUUUACAGCAGAAAAAAUAAUUAGUAAACUGACAGAUAAUGACCAGCUCAAGACACAGCCAGUGACAUCAUCAGGCUCUGCCAAAGAAACUGAGAUGGUGGCAAAUAAUAGGUUAAAGGAAAUGCAGAUGGAAAAGAGUGGCUUGAAAAACAAUGGUACAACUGUUAGAAACAAAACUGUAGACAAACUAAGGUGACACAAAUCAUGUCUGAGGACAAUACUAGGCACUCUGAAUGAGAAGUGUGACGCAAUAUGGCAAGCUGCGAAUGUCUACAGUUACUCAUGAGUGUCUUGUUACAUAGGUGAAUCUUAUUUUUCCAACUCUGGUUUGUGAUGCAGCUGGUCUGUAUUACACAGAACUACAGUUUACUGUUCUCAAGUCACAAUGUUUCACACCCCCACUCUUACUUCACUUUGUGCAAAUCGGCAAAAGCCAUAGCAAUAAGUACAGUUACUCAUAUUAUUUAUAUCUCUAUCACGACUCUGCUCUAAUGCCAGUAAAGUAAAACCAAUAUUUCCUGACAAGCACAGUACAGACAAAUUCAAAACAUUCUAUAGUUCCACAACUUGAUGAAAUGAUUGUUUUUAUUGUGGUAACAAUAUGAAGCAUGUUUGCCUAAUGAAUGCACCAUUCCAUCUGAUUCAGUGGUGGCUGUCUUAUAGAAGUAUUCCAUAAUGAAUUCAUACUUUUUACAGGAUGCUUUGGUUAUACUAAUCCCCUAAAAUGUAGAAUUAGAUUGAAAUACCACCGGGGCAUGUUUAAUAUAAGUUCUAAGUGACUUGAUAAAGAAGUCCUUAACUCUCUGUUUCCUUGCUAAAAAUAUAGUAACAGGAAUGCACUUGGAUGUAGGUUCAAGAGAAAGAAGAGUCUUGUACAGGAAUGUCGUAUUUUUUUCACUGCUCUCAAAUGACACUAAGAAAUUGAGUUCCAGUCAUUAUGUCCACCACUUAAAUAUUCAUGUGUUACAAAACUAAUGAGUCAUUAUGUCCAGCAAUUAAAUAUUCAUGUGUUACAAAACUAAUGAGGUAUG